AUGGCAUUUGGUAAAACGAAAAAAUAUAAGAGAAUUGUUAAAACGAUUUUCCCUCAAGUUGAAGGUGGUGAAAUGCAAUUAGGUAAUAUUAGUAAAUUAGUUUAUUUUUGCGAAAUGAGUCCAGAGCAACUUCAAAAGGUUGGACCUUAUAUAGAGGCAAAAGCACAAAAGAAUUUAUCAAAAAAAAGGUUAGUUUAUGUUUCAACUUGUAUCAUUAUCAUUAGAGAACUUAUCAUUGGUUGUAGAAAACAUUUAGCAUUAUUCUCUGGUAAUGCUACAAGAUUAAUGAAAAUAUUAUUAAUUCAAACUGAAUAUCCAUCAUUACAAAUUGAAGCAACUGAAACCUUUAUUAGAUUUGCAUCAGUUCAAGAUGAUUCAAAUCAAAUACCACCAGAAAUUGAUGAAUUUAUAAAGUAUUUUAUUAUAAUGGCAAAGAAUAUGGAUAAUGAUGAUACAAUGAGAAGAACUAUUAGAGGUGAAGGUUUAAGAGGUGUAACGGCAUAUGUUUCAUUAGCAAGUUUAACUGACGAUUUAGAUACUUUUAUUACAAAACAUACAGAUAUCAUUUAUACAAUUUUAGAUAAUAUGCAAUAUAGAGAUCAAAUACCUUCACCAUUAAUUAUUAUUAAUAUAAAAAUUGUUAUAAUUGAUAAAUAUCAUAAUAGAAGUAUGGAAAAUAGAAACCAACAUCAUGAUGAAACUGGUGAAACUACAAUUACAAAUGUUAAAUUAUUAGCAACUGAAUGUCUUAAAGAUUUAAGUGGAAGAGUUGAUAAUAUGACAGUUGCUUCAUUAGUAACAACAAUAGUAAAUUAUUUAGAUUCACAUCAAAAAUGGAAUUUUGAGAAAUUUGCAGUACAUGCAUUAACAUCAGUUACUCAAUCAAUUAAAGGUCAAAACUAUACUAUCAUGCUAACAUCAUUCCUUAGACAUUUAGAAUUAGAUCAUCCACCCACUGUUACAAAAGAAAUUGUUCUCACUUCAGUUGCAAUUGUAAAUGAUACAACCUCUUCAAUUAAUAUGGUUGUAACUUCAUUAUUAAAGAUUUUAGUUAGAUCAAUUGAAAAUUCAAGUAAACAUUUACCAGAUGUUGAUCAACAAUUUUCAUUACAAAAUUCAAUUGUUGAAUCAAUUGGAUUAAUUGGUAGAAAGAUAAAAUCAACAGGUAAAAAAGUUGAAAUUAUGAAUCAAAUUAUAAAUUCAUUAAGAGAUAUAAUCAAAUCCAAUAAUAGUACAACCAAUAAUUUAAUUAAUUUAAUAACAUUCUCAUUUGUUCAAUGUAUUUCACAAGUUGCUUCAACAUUGAAUGAUUUAGUGGUUGGACCUUCAUUGGUUCCAUUAUUAGAUUUAACUUCAAAAUUAAUUGGAAUUCAUCAAUCUCCAACUACAAGUCAUCAAACUAAAACAUUUAUUCAAUCAACUUUUCAAUCAUUUUUAAUUCAACAAAUUCAAUUUAAAUCAUUAUUUGAUCAAUUAAUGAAUCAACAAAUUAUUCAAUUUAAUAAUAAUGAUGGUGUUUUGGAAUUUUUAAAUAAUUGUUCAAAACCAAUUAUUGAAACAAUAAUUAGUGGAUUAAAGAGUAAAAAUAAUCAACCAGAUAAUAUUAUAUCAAUUUUUAAAACCUUGGUAGCAUUAUUAAUUAGAGAAAAGAGUAAACAAAUUCAAUAUUCAAUUCCAAUGUUAUUAAAACUUGAAUCAGAAAUUGAUGAUAAUAAUAAUAGUAAUCAGUUACCAAUUAGACUUGUUAGAUCAAUUCAUUUAUUGAUUUCAUCUUAUUUAAUUGUAGUUGCAAGAUUAUAUAGAUCAAAAGAGUUGGAAGAUUAUGUUGAACAAGUUUCAAAUUAUCGUAAAUCAAUGAAUAUUCAUUGUAAAUAUUUAUUAUUUGAUAUAAAGAGUUUAAGUGGUUUAGUAAUUGCAAACACUCAAAAACAUAUUUAUUCUGAUCAAGAUCAAGAUAUUUCAACACUUGUUAGUGGUUCUUCUUCUUCUUCCUCAACUACAAUUGCUACAACUAAAAUUACAACUCAAACUACUCUUGUAACUUCAACAACAAUUGAAGAAACUAUUACUACUCAAGAAACUUUUGAAAAAAUUGAAAAUAAAGAAAAAGAAGAAGAAAAACAAGAAGAAGAAGAAAUAGAAGAACCAAAAGAAGAAAGAAAAGAUAUUAUUAAUCAUGAAAAAGUUAUUGAAAUUUUAUGUGCUAUUCAAUCAUUAUGUGCAGAAAUACCAAAUUUAAAGAGUAUUUUAUUAGAAGGUGCUGAUCCAAAUAAUUUAUCAACAAUUUCAAAUUUACAAAUUUUACAACAAACUCCACCACCACCAAGAAUUGUUACCAAUGAAAUCAAUUCAAAUACAACUACAACUGCAACAAUUAGUAAUGAUGGUUAUUUAAAUGAAGUUAACACUACAACUACCACUACUACCACAACCAUUACAUCACCAAUGAAAUUACCAAUCCUUAAUAAAUCAAGAGAAUCAGUUGUUCUCAGUAGUACCAUACCAACAAUGUUCCAAAAAUCACUCACUUUUGAUUCUUUCAAACAAUUUGUAAAUUAUUUCGAUGAAAAUAAUCAUGCUGUAAAUGGUGUUACAGCCGCUGCAAAUCAACAAGCUCAACAAAUUCAAAAUGGUAGUAUUAGUGGUGUAGUUAAAGUUGAAAGAAAUAAUGUUCACAAUGCAAUCUUUGAACAAACCUUUGAAUUAACUUGCGCUAAAAUCGUUGAAGCUCAACAUAUCAACAAAGAAUAUUCAGAUUUAAUGGAAAUUUUAAAAUUAUCUGAACAACAAAAUUUAAUAGAAAAUAAUAAUAAUAAUAGAGCUCCAAUUUUUAUAAAUUAA